UGGCCCGGGGAGGAGUGGCCCGGGAGGAGCGGCCCGGCGGGGACAGCCCGGGGAGCAGCAGCCCCGAGAGGAGUGGCCCCGGGAGGAGCUGCCCGGGGAGGAGCGGCCCGGGAGGAGCGGCCCGGAGGAGCGGCCCGGCGGGGACAGGGAGUGUCCCAUAACCGAUGGUGAGGACCAGGGACCCCUGAGGACACUCUCCCUGUCCAGACCCCCAUGAUGACCUGCCUCCUGGCGUGUCCCGGCCCCAUUCCCUGGAUGCUCGGGACCCUCCUGCUCCUGGCUGGCUCCCUGAGUGCUCAGAAUGGAGGCUGGGACAGCCCCACCUGCACCCUGGGCGUGGUCUCCGUGACCAGGGGCGAGUGUGCCGUGAUGGGCUGCAACAUCUCCAAUGCCUUCUCCCAUGUCACCAUCCGGCUGAGUGCCCACGGGCAGGACAGGACCAUCUUCCUCAACAAGGCCCAAGGAAACUUCCAGAAGGAGGGGUGGCAGCUGCAGGUAGAAGGAGGCGUGGCCCAGCUGGUGAUCCCAGAGGCCCAGGACAGCCACGCGGGGCUGUACACGUGGCACCUCACAGGGCACCAGAGAAACAACAGACAGAUCACACUGAAUGUUUCAGAGCCCCAUGACCUGCAGGAAGGAGGCGGCCUGGAGCGCUCCACGCGGUCCUGGGGCCCGGGGACUCCACAGGUCGUGUCAUCGCCUGCGGUGGGGCCCAGGCCCAUGGUGGGGGUCAUCCUCGCCGCCUUCUUCCUGAUGCUGGUGGUGGCCGUGCUCGCCUGGUGCAGGCGCCACCAACCCCCGAAGUUCGCACAGGUGAGAUUGUGAGCCAGGAGCCAGGGCCCAGCAGCAGCUGAGCAGAGCCCACCCCCGCUGAAGUGCGGAUCUUGCCUCCUUAAGCCCCUACCCAAGGCCAGCAGCACCCUGUGUGCCAGGAGGUGGGGAGGCCCGUCCUUCCAUACUCACGCAGAGGACAAGGACGUUGGCUCACUUGAGAAGGGCCUAGGAAAGCUGCGCAGCAUCCUGGACUUGGCUCUGCCACCCAGGGACAGGUGACAUCCUUCCCACACUGUGGUCAGAGGCUCUCUCUGUUCCUCACCCUGUUUCCAAAAAUGGGAAAAUCUCAAAUGUCAAAGAAGUUGACCUAACAGGAUCCAUCCCCUUCCAUGCAGAAGACAGAUGUGUGCCUCGACCUCCCCAAGAGCUCUCUCUCUGGCAGACCCCAUCCCGAGACAUAGAUCAGGUCCCUGCAGAAAGUGACCCAGAGGACCAGGGCAGCUGGAGCCAGUUUCCAAGGCCUCAACUUGAGCCUGACUCCCACCCUACUCAGGGGACCCCCUUUCUUUCCUUUCAUCCUGCCCUGUUCCUCAGGCCUUGCCAACCCUCUACUCUCAGAUACUGACAGCUGUAGGCAACAGAAACUGGCAAGGCUGUAGCAGCUCUAAACUACUGCAUUGACCACCUCACCUGAGGGACACAUGUGGAGCUCUGAUUCAACAAUCCGAGGACACGCCUUCAUGGACAUACAGGACAUUGACAACCACUGACCCUGAGAAGACAAUUGAGUCGUGACCAAAUUGCAAGAUUCAAGGUGAGGGGACCCAGAGCAUGAAGCUAGAGGUCAGAAUGAAGUCACAAGUUGGUCACUGAAAGAUAAGCACUCCAACACUUCCAGAAUUUUAAAAACAUGCUGCUGAAUACAUUUGAGAGUUAAAUAAGAAAUCACAACUGAAACUUCCCAGUUCCCAGAAGUGGGAACCAAUGCCCAGAAGUGGAAGAAAGUGAAACUCCACACAUCACCUGGUGCAGCAGAAGCUGCGGCCGAGGAGACGGCAGCAGGUGAGCCCGGAAGAGGAGACAGGCAGAAACGCUCGAGCCACAUGUCCAUCCUAGGACGCACGGUCCGGCAUCGUGUAAAUACGGGAGAGAAGCAGGAUCAGACAUGGUGUGUGUGUGUGCGUGUGUGUGUAUGCGCGUGUGUAUAUGCGUGUGUGUGUGUGUGUGCAUGCAUGCGUGUGUGUGGACACAGACGGGUCUGCAAGGCCGAGUCAGCGAGGGUCCUCAGGUUCCCUGGGGGAUUGAAACUGGAGGGCGGAUGGGAGCGCCACAGUGGUUUUUAUUAGGCAUCAUGGCUGGCUUGACAUCAGCACAGCCAGGCUGAGCAACUUUCCCUCUUCUCCCGUCCCCUUUCCCUUUUCUGCUCCCGGACUGAGAUCCGUCUCCUGGGAAGGGGUAAACAUUAAUGUUAUCAUCAAGGGAACGUCUGGUGGGCUCUGUCUAGCAGGUGUCGGGCUGGAGGGCUUUGAACUGAGACAGUGGCUAAUCAAGAGCCUGUGCCCUAACCAGAUGUCAUCAGACCACAAGGGCUGUGUCAGUCACCUUGCAGUUUAUUGCAUCUGUGUGAGACAGGUUGAAUUGCUUUAUU